AUGACUAUUUUGGAUUGUAUCCUAUAUAAUUGUAUAGUCCAGGAUGCAAAGGAUCUUAGUGUUUGGCGCCACUACCUUGUGUCAGUACGAUCUCUUCAAAUUAGUCAUACCCCUACUGUAGGAUCUUUCCCACUUCAGAGAACUCCAGAUGUUGAACAUCAAGGUACCAGAGAGCCAUUGCUUGGUGAAGCUAGAUCAAUGCAAUCUGCACCUCCGAAGACAAAAACCAUGUUGUGUGUGGUUUCCUUAAUGACGUUCUUCAUUGGCGGUCUAAACCUGCAACAAGCAGAGACCAGUAGACACAACAUGAUUUUACAAAAUCCAACAAGUGGUGUAGUGUUGCAAGUAGGGAGACAACUUUUAAAGGUAACUGGAGAUUUUGAACAAGAAACUUCAAUUACAAAGAGCAGCAAUAUUGGAUCAUUCCUUGGUUGGGGAAUGACAGCUAUCUAUUUGGGUGGACGUCUUCCACAGAUUUGCCUAAAUAUUAGAAGAGGAAACGUUGGGAGGCUGAAUCCUCUAAUGUUUGUCUUUGCUAUUGUUGGCAAUGCUACAUAUGUUGCAAGUAUACUUGUUAGCAUCUUAAAGUGGUCGAAGAUAAGACCGAAUCUGCCAUGGCUGGUGGAUUCUGGAGGGUGUGUGCUCCUUGAUACUUUUGUAUCCUUUGUUGCAUGUCUACACGACAUUAUGUUCAAACCAUCUUGA